AUUCAUCAGGUACAAAGGUUGAAGAAAAACAAAGUGCUGUUUCACCAUAUAAUUUCUUGCCACCACACUGAAAAAUCUACACAUGUGUACAUACGAUACCUCUCAGAAGCAACCAAAAGGCUUCAAACAUGAAACUCUACUGGCUUGUGAUAUGGGCUGGAACAUUGUUUUUGAAUCCAGUCACUGCUGACUGCAACAUUACAUCCCAAACCGUUGCUUGUGAGGAGUCGGCAAAGAACCUCUUUAAUAUCUCCCUCAACCUUUUUCAAAAUGUUACUAAAUUAAGCCUCAAAAAGAUCAAAAUCACUUUAGAAGAUCAUGACAAAGAGAUUCUUGGGUGUUUUAUUAACCUCACUGAACUUUAUCUGAAUGAAAACAACAUUACUGUACUGAACAAUAACAGCUUCUACAAUCUAAAAAAUCUCAUAACUCUGGAUAUUAGCAACAACUGUAUUAGCACAGUUCAUAAAGCAGCAUUUUCAGGAUUACAUCAACUCUCAGUGUUGAAUCUAUCCUAUAACAUGAUUGCUCAACUGGAUUCUGAUACAUUUACUUCUCUAGAAAGUCUGAGAGUUUUAAAUCUACAGUAUAAUUUUCUGAAAUAUUUUCAUAUAAAAUCAUCUUUUAAACUGACUAAAAUUGCUUUAGCUGGAAACCCAUGGAUCUGCUCCUGUGACCUUCUUGACUUACAGAUAUGGCUAACUGCCUCCAAUGUGACAUUGGAAAAUGAAAGCAACACCACAUGUAAAUUCCCAAACACGGAAAAAAUCUCCAUCAAGAUGGCAGCUAUCCAACCAGCUGACUGCAUAACUGAAAAUACUCCUUUAGAAAACCCUGUAACUUCCACUCCUGCUGUUAAUCUUAGAAGUAGCACCUUAACAGCUCUGACUCCAAACAACAUCACUGGAAACAAUGGAACACGUGCAGAGUUACCGCUUGUUGGCAAAAGCUGGACCUUCCUAGCAGGCGUCCUAGGGUUUGUCCUAGGCACCACACUCUUGAUUCUCACUGCUGUAAAAUGCCCGGCAUGGUAUCACUACUUGAUCAGCUACCGUCACCGUCGUCUGGAAGAAAAUGACUCAGAGAUGUUUGAACAGGAGUUCUCAGCUGACAUGAGUCCUUCUCCUUCAACAUCGGGCACAAGCAGUGAGGAACCCAUUGUAAUAUUUGAGAAAGUUCAUGCAUGUAGAGAUGAAGAAGAUGGAUUUAUUGAGGAUAAAUACAUAGAUAUUUAUGUAAAUGAGGAGCAUUAAUGUCUUAAACAAUGGAUGUUGAACUGACAUUUAAAAAAUGUAGUACACUUGUACUUCAAUUUUAUGCUUUAUUACAUGCAAUACAGAAUGCAGCCUAUCUCCUUGCAUCUUGCCAAAUUCUUGAAAAGAUUUUGCUGCAUCAAUCAGGAAGUUAAAAAAAUGGGGUGACAUGCAUGCACUAUUGGCACAACAAAUACUUUAGAACUUGCAAAAAUACUCAUAAUCCACUUUUUAUAAAAACAUAUUUGGCUACUUAUAUUGGGGGGCUUACUAUAUAUUCUUUAACAUGCACAAAGUAGCAGGUGAAAUUGGCAUAAUUAUUAAUGCUGCAUUGUGAAGAGGUCUAGAAGAGAAAAAUAAUUUCUCUAAAAUGCUGAAGCAGACCACAGCCAGACUAGGGGCUGGCUCCAAAUCAAUCAGAGCUGUAACAGCUCUGAAGUCUAUUAGGCAAAACUAACACAAUCAGAGAAGGGAGCAUUUGGGUACUUUUUGACCCAAAUUAGCACAGCAAGAAAGACCAACUGCUGUAUUCCCAAAAAUGUGUAUGUACAGUGCAAUAAAAAAUUAUCCUUACUGCAUUGCUACUGAAUCAAGCACUUUCUCUUCAUAUUUUCUUAACACUUAAAAAUUAAUUCUUUCAGGGUGGAACAGAGAAACUUGUGAGCUGUUGAAACCUACAGUAUUAAUACAAUGUGACAUUAUUAACUGGUAAA